UCUCAUUUAGAUUCAUUAGUAAUCAUUCAACCAGAGCAAGUAUUUGAUAAUUUCUUGUGAAGUUCAAUCAUGACUAACAAGAGUACUUCUAGUGAAAACCAUGGAUUGAAGAAAGGUCCAUGGACUCCAGAGGAAGAUCAGAAAUUGGUUGAUUAUAUUCAGAAAUAUGGAUAUGGAAAAUGGAGAACCCUUCCCAAAAACGCAGGAUUAAAAAGAUGUGGAAAAAGUUGUCGGCUUCGUUGGACAAAUUACUUGAGGCCUGAUAUUAAGAGAGGAAGAUUUUCAUUGGAAGAAGAAGAAGUUAUUAUCCAAUUACACAGUGCUUUGGGAAAUAAGUGGUCUACAAUUGCUGCUAACUUGCCAGGAAGAACUGAUAACGAAAUCAAGAAUUAUUGGAACACUCACAUCAAGAAAAAACUAAUGAAGAUGGGGAUUGAUCCAGUGACUCACACACCACGCCUUGAUAUUCUACAACUUGCCUCCAUUCUUAACUCAUCUUUACACAAUUCACCCCAAUUUAACAACCUUGAUCAUUUUAGUUUGGGAAGAGUGGAAAAUCCAAACCAUCUUUACAUUCUAAAUUUGCUCACUACUCUCCUAUCAUGUCAAAACAAAAACCUAAAUGAUUCAAAUUAUAAUGUCCAUCAAAACCAAUCUAGUGGUAAUGAUAAUAAUUACUCUAAUUCGUUGCAACAACUUCAAAAUCCACAAUUUAAAAUUACGAUGGAGUCUCCAUUAAUGAAAACAAAAUUAAUGAAUCAAAUAGCUCCAAUUGCUACAUCUUUCAGCAAUAUACAACAACCCAAGUCGUCAACAAUCAACAAUAUUUUAGAAAAUCAGAUUUUAUCUAACAUUGAGGAAAUGCCAAAUUUCGAUUUAAGCUCACUUUUUUCUACGUCACCUUCACCUUCUAGCCCGAGUAAUUUGAAAUCACAAUCUUCAACAACAUUUGUCAAUGGAACCAUUGAAGGUGAGAGAUACACUUAUGACAACAACAACUUUAUGAUGUAUAACAUCUCAAAUGGUUUGAAUGAUUCCGAACUUUUGUGAUUGAACUCCAUUGCAUGUUUUGUUGUUACUUGAAUUUUGUUUAUUAAAGUUCAUGUUUUUUCCAAAUUUUGUUUUAACAUGAAUAUAUAUGAGUAUCAUUUGAUUAAUAGAGCUUAAAAUGAAUGUUCUUUCA